AUGCCUUAUUGCACUCCUUGCUCAACAUUCGCCGACUUCGCAGAGCUACCACCGACCCCUCAACCUGCACGGAAGUGGUCGUCGUUGAGUGACUUGAUUGCGUCAGCAGGGUCUGGCUGUGAUCUUUGUACGCUGUGUUGGCAGUACGCUCACAACUUUAACUUCAAAGACGACAACGGACCAAUCUGGCUUUGUUGGGGCAAGGAUUCAAAUAAUGACGAUGGUGCUGAGCGCUUAGAGCUUCGUCUGACGAAAUCCGUGAUCAUUGUCGACGUUCAGGAUCGCUCACAAACGAUUGUGGCAGAUGAUGAUGUGAUAGUACAAGCUCGACGACUUCUCGAAAAUUGCCUCUCCUCUCAUGAGAAAUGCGGCGAGAUAGCCAUCCUGGACCCUAAAGGAAGUGGCGAGAACGACAGAGAUUCUGCUGAUCGUUGCCCUGAGCUAAAGUCCUUGCCACGUCGACUGUUGGACUUAUCCCAGGGGUCUGAUAUCCUCGUCAUCAACGUGGAAUCGUGGAUAGUUGACGGUAUCUCGUCGGUAGCUGAGCUGUCACAGUACUGUACCUUGAGCUAUCGAUGGGGAGUUGCAACUCAAAGUUGCAUCCUUAGAGCGCCUUUUUCUAGCCAAAUCAUUAUUGGCAUGGCGGAUAUGCCUCAGACUUUCAAGGACGCCAUCGAGAUAACGCGGCGAUUUGGUAUUCGAUUCCUGUGGAUAGACGCUCUGUGUAUCGUUCAGCCUGAAGCUUGUGGCGAUUACACAGAUUGGAUUGCAGAGGGCCAUCGUAUGGGUUCCAUAUAUCAUAACGCUAUAUUCACCAUCGCUGCGACCUGUGCUGAUAGUGUUACGGACGGGUUUCUCUCGAAAGUAGAUAGCGAGAGGAUACGCGCAGUCUCUUGCAAGGUCACUCAACGUGCAAGUAAUGGAGAGGCACAAUCCAGUCUUGCGAAGAUAUGCGGCAUGGAUUAUGAUCAUGUCAUCGAUGAUUCGGCUCUCAACAAUCGUGGAUGGGUCACUCAAGAGCGAUUUCUUUCACGACGUGUGCUUCACUUUACGGCUCAAGGCAUUAUCUGGGAAUGUUCAAAAACCAAGGAGCAUGGUAGCAACGCUGUAUCACGGAUGAUCGUACUUGAUGUUGAGGCCCCUUAUUUCUUCGAUUCGGUCUUUCGUAAGAAACUGAACGGGAAAGCCUGGAUGAAGAUUGUCAGUCGAUAUUCACACGCUAGCUUUACUAAUGCAGAGGACCGAUUGAUCGCUCUUUCGUCACUGGCAAGGUUCUUCCAUUCCAGACUUGGUCAUAACAAUGCAUACUGCGCAGGAAUGUGGUGCAACUCCUUGAAGCAAGAUCUACUCUGGCACAGAAGAUACCCGCCGGAUUCCAAAACAGACCAGAGGUCCAACUUAGCUCCCACUUGGAGCUGGGCCUCGGUGACGGGAGCAAUUGGUUAUCUGGAGGAAAGUAAUCGGGGAAAUCCAUACACUCAGCCUGUCGUCCCACCAGCACGAGUCUUGAGCGUACGCUCAGUACUUACGCCCCACGAUAAUAUGUAUGGAAACGUCCUUGAAGGCAGACUUGAGCUCGUUGCGCAAGUUCUCAAUGUUAUGAUAUGGACAAGGAGUGCAAAAUCCCGCCAGCUCAAAGAAGAUGUUCAAAACAAGCGAGUAUCAAUUUCACGUUCAGUCUAUUGGGAUGAGUUACAAGAAGACUCUACAGAGGAGGAGCAGUACGAAAUCAUCCCUUUUCGUUAUUUCCAACGUUUCAAACAUAUAUUAUCCCACACCUCUCACCCCGCGAUCAUCGUUAGAAAACUGCCCUUAACAAUUGCCACAGCCACAGAACACGAUCCUAUCCGUACGUACCGCAGGAUUGGCCUGUUAGAGGAUGUUCACAGUGAAUCGGUGGUGAUGCAAGGCGAUUCUGAAAAGGCAAGGUACAAUUACGGUCAGGCUGUGCAAGAAGUGGCGACCUUAUUUCUAGUGUGA